AUGCUGCUCCGCCGCGCUGCACUUCGUCGUCCGCUGCCUCGUCUCUCGCGUCUGUCGUCUGUACCGGCGUCUCAAGCUAUCGCAGAGGAACGUACGAAGGGUGAUGAGAAGUGGAUACGUCUCAUGCAGCAGACGAGUCGUCUCGAGUCGUCUGUCCUCCUGCCUCUGAACGAGAAACUGCUGGGACCUUUGGACCGCAAGCACAGUGAAGAGAAGCUGCCGUCGCUGCCGUUUGUGUUCCUAUUGGGCAACCAUUCGUCGGGUAAGUCCUCCUUCAUCAACUACCUCUUACAGCGGGACGUGCAGUCCACAGGCGUAGCGCCGACAGACGAUGGCUUCACAAUUAUCGCUCCGGGACACAAAGAUCUGGAUCAAGAUGGACCGGCGCUCGUGGGCGACCCAGAUCUGGGCUUCUCUGGUCUUCGGACUUAUGGACCAGCGCUGAUCCAGCGCACGCAGCUCAAGGUCCGCAAGGGAAUCAAAGCCAAUUUUAUGCUCGUGGACAGUCCCGGCAUGAUUGACUCGCCGCACAAUCCGUCGCAGCAGGUAAAUCACGGAAGUACUUCAAGCGACCGGCUGCCGUCUCAGCAGCAGAGCGUGUUGGGCUUGAAAGGACGAGACUCUGACCGAGGGUACGAGUUUUCGGAGGUCGUACGCUGGUACGCCGAGCGUGCUGAUGUCAUAUUACUCUUUUUCGACCCGGAUAAACCCGGAACAACAGGUGAAACGUUGUCCAUAUUGACGCGGUCACUGGUUGGCAUGGAUCACAAGUUGCACCUUGUGCUGAAUAAAGUGGAUCAGUUUCGCAAGAUCCACGACUUUGCACGCGCGUACGGCUCAUUGUGUUGGAACCUGAGCAAGGUCAUCCCGCUGAAGGAUCUGCCGCGUAUCUACACGAUGUGCAUCCCUACCAAGGACAAUCAGAUGCAAGCAGCGGAGGGACUGGGUACAUCUAUGAAAGAUCUGGAUGCUAUGCGUGAUGAAGUAGUGAGUGAGGUGCAACGUGCUCCCGAGCGCCGAGUGGACAACUUGAUCACGAACCUGUAUGACUCGUCGCGGUUGCUAAAGAUGCAUGCUGAGGUUUUUGAAGACUUGCGUACUCGUUAUGCUAGAGAAAAACGGCGGCGUUUAGCGCUCGUGUUUGCCACGUUUGUCGGGGGCAAUGCUCUGGCGGCUUCGGUGCUUGCGGGUGGCGCUAUUGAAGCUGCAACGGGACUCUGUGUUGCCAGUUCACUAGCGUCCGCUGGUGUUGUGUGGCACAACUCGACGGUGAUGACUCAGCUAGAGCGUGACUUGCUGCAUGAAGACUCGCUGGGUGAGCUAUUCCGUCGCCGUUAUGGCCGUCAGUUGGCAGAGGGGGACGAGUACGUGAUGUCAUUGUGGAAGCGUGUUCUGCCGUCCCUACAGAUAGCUGUACACACGUUAGGCUUCGGCAUGUUACCCAAGCUGAAGAACUCUGAGAUUGUCGCACUCGAUAAAAUCGUGAGAAACGAGAUCCCAGAGCUGCGUCGGCAGUGCGCUCCUACGGACAGCAGUCUGAUUCACCAGGUUGCUAAGAUGUUUCGCAACUAA